ACCAGCUACAACAGCUCCACCACCACCACAUUCUUCUCCCUCAUCACCAUCCAUCUUCAAGCAAAACCCAAGAAGAGCUCAACAGCCAUGGUGCUCCUCCCUACUGAUCGCAUGGACAGCCUCUUCUCCCCGCGCUGCGUGUGGGUCAACGGACCCAUCAUCGUCGGCGCGGGCCCCUCGGGGCUCGCCGUUGCCGCCAGCCUCCGUGAGCAAGGGGUUCCCUUUGUCGUCCUGGAGCGCGAGGACUGCAUCGCCUCGCUCUGGCAGAAGCGCACCUACGACCGCCUCAAGCUCCACCUCCCCAAGCAAUUCUGCGAGCUCCCCAGGAUGCCAUUCCCGGCCAGCUACCCGGAGUACCCCACCCGCCGCCAGUUCAUCGAGUACCUCGAGACCUACGCAGCCACCUUCGACGUCAAGCCGGAGUUCGGCAGCACCGUGCAGACGGCCCAAUUCGACGAGACCUCCGGCCUCUGGCGCGUGCAAUCCAGCUCCUCCUCCGGCGAGAGCAUGGAGUACAUCGGCCGCUGGCUCGUGGUCGCCACGGGGGAGAACGCCGAGAGCGUGGUGCCCGACAUCCCCGGACUCGGGGAGUUCGCGGGCGAGGUGGCCCACGUGUCCGAUUACAAGUCGGGCGACAAGUACAAGGGCAAGAGCGUGCUGGUGGUGGGAUGCGGGAACUCCGGCAUGGAGGUCUCCCUCGACCUCUGCGACCACGGGGCGCUACCAUCCAUGGUGGUGCGCGACGCCGUGCACGUGCUGCCCCGCGAGGUCUGCGGCAGGUCCACCUUCGAGCUCGCCACCAUGCUCAUGGCAUGGUUCCCGCUCUGGUUCGUGGACAAGAUCAUGGUUUUCCUCUCCUGGCUUAUCCUUGGUAACCUCGUCGGCUUCGGCAUCCGCCGCCCGGCCAUCGGCCCGCUCACCCUCAAGAACAUGUACGGCCGCACCCCUGUGCUGGACACCGGCGCCAUGGCUAGGAUCAGAUCCGGCGACAUCACCGUCGUGCCGGGAGUCUCUCGCUUCACCAAGAACAGGGCCGAGCUCACCGACGGCACGGCGCUCGACAUCGACGCCGUGGUGAUGGCCACCGGGUACAAGAGUAACGUUCCCCAGUGGCUCCAGACCAGCGACGGCUUCUUCGGCAAGGACGGAUACCCUACAACAGCGUUCCCAAACGGCUGGAAGGGCCAGUCCGGGCUAUACUCCGUCGGGUUCACCCGCCGCGGCCUCUCCGGCGCCUCCGCCGACGCCGUCCGCAUCGCCAAGGACCUCGGCCACGUGUGGAGGGAGGAGACCAAACCCACCAAGAGGGCCGCCGGAGCGUGUCACCGUCGGUGCAUCUCCGUCAUCUUCUAAACCAGCACGACCACUAACCACAGAUUGACAGUGCGUGAGCGUGCAUGGCGCAUGCAUCAGAAUCCCCUUCAUUGCUUCGUUAAUGUUGAUUUGUUCUUUGUAUGAGUGUGUGGAAAAAAGUGUUAAUCAUUAGGUUAAUUAGUUUAAAAAUUAUACUUAGGAUAAAAAAGACAAGUGGAGCCCUCUCGUCAGUGGGGGAGUGAAGUGAGCCCUAGGGCCGGGAAUUUUAUUACUGCAGCUAAGGGCGCAUGGUCACUGGUGUACAGCACAGUCAGAGACUUAGCUUGCCCGGUGAUGAAGGAUGAGGCUCUUGUCAUUGACCAUCUUGUAA